UUCACUUGGUGCAAUGCACAAGAGGGAGAUAAGUGGAGUAAGAUAGAUAGAUUUUUAAAAUAUUCCUCUGUAAUAAAAAAGAGAAUAUAGUGGGAUUGUCAGAUUUUAGGCCUACAAGUCUAGUGGGCUCAGUUUACAAGGUUCUAUCUAAGGUGUUAUCAAAUAGACUAAGGAGUGUUCUGCCAAAAAAAAAAUCAGUGAGGCUCAAUCUGCUUUCUUAAGUGACAGGAAUAUUUUGAAUGGAGUCUUAAUAGCAAAUGAGGUGGUUGAUGGGUGGAAUAAGGCAAAGAGGAAGGGGGUGAUAGUAAAGCUUGAUUUUGAAAAGGCCUAUGAUUCAGUCAAUUGGGAGUUCCUAUUCUCAAUGUUAUCAAGUUUUGGUUUUGGUGAUAGAUGGAUAGGUUGGAUAAGAGAAUGUGUUACAUUAGCAAGGGUAUCAAUCCUUGCGAAUGGCUCUACCACUGAAGAAUUCUGUCCCCAAAAAGAGUUAAGGCAAGGUGACCCUCUUUCCUUUUUCCUAUGCAAUAUAGUGGCAAAUGGUCUAAAUGUCCUUCUGUCUAGAGCUCUAGAUCAGAGUCUUGGGUGUAAGGGUUGGGGCUAAUGGUGUACUUGUGUUUCAUUUGCAGUUUGCUGAUGAUUCUAUUUUAUUCUGUGAAGUUGAUGUAUAGGAAGUAGUGAAUAUCAAGAGAAUCCUAAGAUGUUUUGAACUUGUAUCAGGGUUGAAAAUAAAUUAUUAUAAGAGUAUGGUAUGUGGGGUAGGUGUGGAAGAAGAGAUCCUGAUAGAAUUUGCUGGUAUACUUAACUGUAAGGCUGGCUCAUUACCAUUGAAUUAUCUUGGGCUCCCAUUGAGGGCAAAUCCUAGUAGGAGGAGGACUUGGAAACCAGUCUUUGAUAAAGUUAAAGCGAGGUUAGUGAGUUGGAAGAGGAGGUUGUUGUCAUUCGCUGGUAGGUUGACUUUGAUUAAAUGGUCCUAUCAUGCUUACCUAAUUACUACUUAUAUUUAUUUAGAAUGCCUGAAGGGGUAGCAAAGGAUUUUGAUAGAUUACAAGCUACAUUCCUUUGGGGAGGUUCUAAUCUCAAAAGAAAAAUUCACUUAGUUAAAUGGGAGGAGGUGACUAGAAGUAUUGAUCAAGGAGGUUUGGGGAUUAGAAAGGUCAAAAUUGCUAAUUCUUACUUGUUACUCAAAUGGUGGUGGAGAUUUGCUUCUGAGACAAAUGUGCUGUGGAGAAGAGUGAUUUGUAGUAAGUAUAAAUUUGAGGAGUGUACCUGGUUGCCUAUUCUUGGGACCAAUUCUUAGCAGUCAAGAUUAUUGACUGAUAUUAGUUUAGUGGCUAAUCAGCACCCUUUUCUAGAGGAGUGCUUUCGAAAUAAUUUUAAAGUAAGGAUGAGAGAUGGUUGUAGGGUCAGAUUUUGGGAGGAUGUGUGGUGUAACUCCCAUUGUUUAAAAACAGAGUUCCUAAGAUUGUAUAGCUUAUCAAAGGAAAAGAGGGGUUCGCUUCAUCUGUUUGCAGCUUUAAAGGAAACCUCAGGGGAAUGGAGAAUUUUGCCUAGAAGAGAGUUGUUUGAAUGGGAAAUGGUAGAAUUGCAGAAUUUAUUCUCUAUUCUCUCAACUGGUCCUUCAGUAAGCCUGGAUAGAACUGAUUACCCAAAGUGGACAGCUGCAACAUCAGGUUUGGUCAUCAAUAUUGAAGUGGUGGGGGAUACAUUGGGUUGUUCCUGGCAUAGUUGUUUCUCUGAUGCAUUGGUGAGAGGGAGCUUUAAAGGAAACCUCAGGGGAAUGGAGAAUUUUUCCUAGAAGAGAGUUGUUUGAAUGGGAAAUGGUAGAAUUGCAGAAUUUAUUCUCUAUUCUCUCAACUGGUCCUUCAGUAAGCCUGGAUAGAACUGAUUACCCAAAGUGGACAGCUGCAACAUCAGGUAUUUUUUCGGUAUCUUCUUUGCACAAGCUUUGCACACUGGAAGAUGGAAAUUACCUUAAGGUUAGUAGGUUGCUAUGAAGUAAAGUCUAACCACCUAAAGUUCAAUUUUUUGGCUGGCUUGCUUGCUUGGAAACAUAAGGUAAAGACUUCCGUAUUUUUACAGAGAAUUGGGGUCCUAUUUAGAGGAAAUUGUACGCUGUGCUGCUUCUGUCAACAUGAUUUGGAGUCAGUAACUCAUGUGCUCCUUCAUUGCCCAUUUGUGUGGCAGGUUUGGUCAUCAAUAUUGAAGUGGUAAGGGAUACAUUGGGUUGUUCCUGGCAUAGUUGUUUCUCUGAUGCAUUGGUGAGAGGGAGGUAAGUUCAAGAAAAAAUAAAAGGUGUUUUGGAGAUCAGUUCCUCUUGUUACUUGUGAGGCCCCUGAAAAUUUUAAUUUCUUAAAAGUCCCUUACUUUUAAAUUAUUUCCUUGAAGUCCAUCAGCUUCUUAAUUAAUUGCAACCCUAGGAUCAAAAUACACGAGCCAACAAAAAACCGCAAAUCCUAAUCGAUUUUGGAAACUUAGAAAUAAUUUCUAAUACUCUAAUUGACUCCCUAAAUAUGAAAUUAUCACUUGGAAACCCUAGGCUUUCCGGUCUUUAUCACGUUCGUCAGUUGAUCGCAUUUUUGUUCGAAACAAGAAAUCCAAACCAAAUUACGCUCUCUAACCCCAAUUUAAUUUAAAUUCUACACUAAAAUAAAUGUUCCAAUUCAUAAAUUAAACCCAAUGCCUUCGUAUUUUUCUUAAAUCACAUUUUGACCCCAAACUAGUACCAUUGCACACAUAUAUACAUAUAUAUAUUUGUACCUUUCUUAAAUAAAUAAUUUUAUACACAAAUAUCUUUAUAUCUAUAUAUAAAAUCAAAUAAAAUCCCCCAAAAUCUAGCACAUGGCCAGCCAUCACCCUCUCUAGGCUACAAUCAUAGGUACUCUACAGACAAAUCCCUUAAAUCAUGGAAAAAGUAUCAUUGGUACCCCAAAAUCAAGGAAAGUUGUCUUGUACUUGUAACUAUCUUGGUUCUCCUAAAGCGUAACCCUAACUAGACCAUGCCUUAAUACAUGAUUAGGCUCCCUAAUGAUCCUUCAUUCCAUUAUGUUCCAACUAAAUACAUCUCAAUUUCAUUGCAUUCCAACUAAUGGGCAUUUUGGACCUUUUACACCAAUUUUAUUAUAAAAACACCACCACCUUUCACAUGUUACACAUCUCAUAUACUCACACACUUACACAUUCAGUUAAGAGAAAGAAAGAAGAGGAAGAUAGGGAACUUUGGUAGUAGAGAAGAGGAAAAUAUGAGACAAUUGUGCAAACACUUCACUAGGCAAUCAAGUAAGUCACAAUACUCUAUCUUUCAUUUUCCUUUUUCAAAUACAUAUUAUUUGAAGUUUAAAAUGGUAUUUUCAGAUGUGUUAAAAAUGAAAGGAGUUGAG